UUCUACGAGGCAGUAUGGCGAACUUGGAGUAUGUCGAAGACCACCCAAAACACGUGAAAAUGUCUGGCGAAAUCUCAGAGACUUGCCCUCAGAAAGCGACGGCUGGGUUGUCUUCUGCCGCGUUGAGGGAUUUCGCCGAGGUGGCGUGUGCUAUCCCGUCUUUUGCGGCCGCUUCCGAGCUUGUGUCAGCGCCUUACUCGUGUCUGGUGAUGAACAAGCACCGAAGACACGUCGCUCUGCCGCCCCUCUACCUGAACAAGAAGAAGACGGGAUUACAGGGGGAGUUACAGGCCGAGCUGCUCAAAUUCUCACCGAGCCUCCAAGGUGUACCUCUAGCUUAUGACAAUAUCCAGAUUGUGCGCUGCUAUGGAGACAUUUAUGAUGACAGCGGCUACAUCCACAUGGACAUAGAGGCCAACUUUAUUAUAUUUCAACCUAAAAAGGGACAAAGAUUGCUGGGGAAGGUGAAUAAACUGGGUGUGAGCCACGUGGGCUGCCUGGUGCACGGCUGCUUUAACGCCAGCAUUCCCAAGCCCAACCUGGUCUCCGUGGAUACCUGGAGGGAAGCGGGGCCCAGGAUUGGCUCUGAGCUUGAGUUUGAGGUGAUUGCGCUUGAUGCUGACACUGCUGGUGUGCUGCUUAUAAGGGGAAGGCUGGACAGAACCAGGAUUCAAGAAAUGUUGGCUUUUACCGAGAGCGUGGACUCAGCCGUCGACCAUGCCGAUCCAGAAGACACAGCACCAGUCGCAGAACCCACUGAGGAGUCUAUCGUGGAAGACUCCACCAAGAAGAAGAAAAAAAAGAAAGAUAAAAUCAAAGAAGAGACAGAAGAGGGGGUAACAAUCAAAGAAGUGAUAGAAGAGGAAGCAGCCUCGCCGUUCUUCCAAGAUGGUUGUAACACAACGCUAGAGCUCAACGGAACAGAGCGUGACAUAAAUGGCGAGAAAAAGAAGAAGAAGAAGAAAAAAAAGAAAGAUAAAAUCAAAGAAGUGACAGAAGAGGGGGUAAAAAUCAAAGAAGUGAUAGAAGAGAAAGCGGCCUUACCGUUCUUCCAAGACGGUUCUAACACAACGCUAGAGUUGAACGGAACAGAGAGCGGCACAAACGGUGAGAAAAAGAAGAAGAAAAAAAAGAAAGAUAAAAUCAAAGAAGUGACAGAAGAGGGGGUAAAAAUCAAAGAAGUGAUAGAAGAGAAAGCGGCCUUACCGUUCUUCCAAGACGGUUCUAACACAACGCUAGAGUUGAACGGAACAGAGAGCGGCACAAACGGUGAGAAAAAGAAGAAGAAAAAAAAGAGAGAUAAAAUCAAACAAGUGACAGAAGAGGGGGUAAAAAUCAAAGAAGUGAUAGAAGAGAAAGCGGCCUCGCCGUCCUUCCAAGACGGUUCUAACACAACGCUAGAGUUGAAUGGAACGGAGAGCGACACAAACAGUAAGAAGAAGAAAAAAGAGAAGAGGAUAAAAGAUGAAGAACAGGUUCAGCUUUCCCCCAUGGAAAUCCACACCAGUGACUCCAGCGGUUACCAUACCGACAAGCCCAAUAAGAAGAGGAAACAUGAAAAGGAGAGCGAAAUCACAGCAACUUUUAGUCAAGAUGCUGAAGCACCAAAGUCCAAGAAGAAGAAGAGGAAAAGUGACGUUUGAAAAAUGGAUUUUAUCUGAUUAGGAAAGGUCUGCAAUUGCUAUACUUGGCCUGAUGGGGGAGCAAAACUGCAGCACAAGUAGACUCUUCAUGUUUUUGACAUGAUACAAAAAUAUAUGUAUUUCUCUCCUCUGUGCCUUAAAACUCUCCACCAGCUCCGUUAAGAGAUCAUGUGAUCACCUGCAGUCACGAGAAAACUUUUGAUAAAGGCCGUAAGGAAAUAAGAUUAUUAAAUAGUCUAUUUUUCUUGUAAGGAGAGUUGCGUGUUUCUUCGUUUGACUGAAAACCAGAAGAAUAUGCAAAAUAAACCUAAAUUGUUCGAACAAUAAA